AUGUUCGCCGGUCUCGCCCAGGCCAUGGCACCGGCCCUCACCAUCGCCGGGUCGUUUCCAGAUAUACCGAGCGGCCAGCACUCGUGGUUCACCGCAGCCUAUACCCUCACCAUAGGGGCAUUUGCCCUACCCUCGCAACGCCUGGGCGAAGUCCUUGGCCGCAAGCCCGUGAUCAUCCUUGGCUGCCUCUGGUUCGCGCUCUGGAGCCUCCUCGCCGGCUUCUCCGUCAACGUCCGAAACGGCGGGGCAAACGGCACCGCCUACUUCUGCUUCUGCCGUGCCAUGCAGGGCCUGGGACCGGCGCUCUGCGUACCCAACAGCUUCUCGGUUCUCGAAAAGACGCUGCCGCCGAGCCAGAGGAAAGACAUGGCACUAGCGUUCUUCAGCGUCGCCGCACCCGUGGGCUUCGUGAUAGGCGCAGUGAUGUCGUCUCUGUUUGCCUACAACGAUUCCUGGGAAUGGUCCUUCUUCGUCCUCGCGGCCAUCAACAUCUCCGCCGCGGGUCUCAGCCUCCUAGUUGUUCCACGGCAAGCCCCUCGAAAAAGCCCCUAUGAUCAUACCAUCUGGGCGCAGCUCGACGUAUCCGGAACACUCCUCGGCGGCAGUGGUCUCACCCUAUUCAGUUUCACAUGGAACCAGGCACCGGCCGUGGGUUGGCGCACGCCAUACACCUACUUCAUCCUCAUCAUCGGCGCCAUGCUCCUCGCCGCCUUUCUCUACAACGAGACCGCCGCCGCGAACCCUCUCCUCCCGCUGCGCGCCAUGACCGCGAGGCCCAAUCUGAUCUUGGGCUGCACGGCAGCGGCGUGGGCUUGCUUCGUCAUUUGGGCCUUUUACAGCUUCCAAACCCUCGAGGUCCUGCGCAGCUGGGACCCUCUCCUCGCCAGCGCGAGCUUCGUACCUGUCGCCGUCGAGGCGGUAGCUGUGGGCCUGCUGCUGGCGUACCUCAUGCCCGGAGAAGAGGUGUACUGGGCCUUCUUCGCAGCCGUCCUGUCCUUGCUACUGGCAUCUAUCCUCAUGGCAACGGCACCGUCCGACCAGACGUAUUGGGCAAACACAAUCUGGCAGACGGGCACCAAGGAGUUGCGAGUGGUCUUGUUCUGGCCGUGUCGAGCUACGCAAUGUCGCUGGCUAUGGGAAUCGCGAGGACUGUAG